UGCGGGGAGCUAUCGCCCCGCGCCAGAAUGAUGCGCUUCUUGAUUGACCACCCUUCCCAACGAGACAUUUACCAGUUUCUUUUCUCAUAACCCAGAAACCAAUAACCCAUCUGUCUUUCACAGAAUCCUGUGCUAUGUCUCAUACUUGAAGCUUCCACUACUUCUUUCCCACACGGCCUGACAUCAGCGCCGUGCCGCGUCCUCCCAAUCGGACAAUUUUUUUAAGCAGACCAGCUCGACCCUGCUUCUACCGCUCCAUCUCCCAACCAUCCCCCAGGAGACGCCGAGCUCGCAACACCCGAGCUUUCCCCUAAUCCUAGUCAUCAACCAUGCCUCCGUCCCAUCAGCCGUCACCGACAAUCCUGCUCCCCCAGCUUCCCCCAAAGACCCUAGUCGGCAUCGACCUCGUCGCAUUCUCCUCGACCGCGAACUUCCACGGAAUCCGAGACCUACCUCUAGGCUGGCACUUCCUAUACACCGGUUCGACAGAGAGCUACUCGCUUCGAUGUGGUGCAUGGUUCUACGUGGGUGAUAUCAGCUCCGCGGGACAAGGCGACAACGAGACCGCGGUCGUGGUCGCGCAGGCGCCACAAACCCUCGCUCCGGAGAUCUAUAUUUGGAAAUGGAACACGGACACGGAGUCACUAUCGUUGUUGACGAGUGAUAACGAUGCGGGUCGCCAGGAGGCUAUGCGCUACAAGGCGAAUCUUGGUGCGCUCUUGCACAGCGGGGGCUUGUUCCGGUAUCGAAGUCGCGUUUCCCCCGCUAUGUUGUCGAACAAGCCGGGGUCGGCGCCGCUGGAAGCACGCCAGGCUGAAGAAGAUGAGGAGACUGAGGAGCAUGGUCGAAGAGACUGGCGACAGCUUACGAAUCGCUUGUCCCCUGAGAUUCUGUCACGUAUAAUUGGUGAUCCGGAGGUGGAUUUAGACGGUCAUCCGCGGUGGUUGGUUACUUCUGCUAGCACGGCCAACCGCGAUGCCGAUCAUAUUCCGGGUGUUGACUCACCGGCCGUGGGAGAAGGGGGAGUUUCAAGGAAGAUUAUGGAGCAAGAGAAAGAAUUCGGCUUCCUUCCCAUAGAGCUCAAGCGAACGUGGCGCGAAGGUGCCAUUGGGCGUGAAAGAACAGAAGCUGCGCAGGAUAAGUCCUGGGCCUUGGGUGAUUUAGUCUUCAAAUACUCCAGCCGUGUACCUGGAGAGAUCACCGUCGAUGAGCAAACGGGAGAAGCGCAAGUGCUUGGAGAGCUACAAUUUACAUUCCUCAUGGUACUGACCAUGAUGAACUUUUCCUGUCUUCAGCAAUGGAAGAGACUGCUAGAGCUCAUCCUCACAUCUCGGCGAGCAAUUCUUGAAAGAGAAGCGUUUAUGAGCGAGGUGGUGUGUCUACUACUACGACAACUCGAAAGAUGCGACGAUGUCGAAGGCGGGCUCUUUGAGAUCGACGGUGACGAAGGGGGCAAGUUCUUGCGCAAUUUGCUCACACAGUUCAGACGGUCCGUUGACGAAGUGGUUCCGAAGGGAUCUGAAUCAAUGGUUAAGACCGAACUUGAAAAGUUGGAGGCAUGGGUCAAAGAGGAGUUUGAUUGGGAGCUCAGGCGCGAGUCCAUUGUGAGGCGGGGUAUGCUUCAAUUGGAGGAUGGAGAGCAAAUUGAGAUGGAAAUAGAGGAUAAUGAUGCCGACGAGGAAACGGGAGAAUAUGCUCCCUUGGUAGUAGAUCUGGAGGAGCAUAAUGACCUUUCAGAGGAGGAGCAGAUAGAAGAGGAUCAGGCCUCAGAUCUCGAAGAUAUGAGGUAUUGAUUGACAGACUUGUCAGUCACCGAGCCUAUCUGCCCAAAAGCGAUUCUUUGAUUCCCUGAUACCCGUCUGUUUUCAUACGAAGCUUCUUUUCCUUUUUGCCAAGUACCCCAAAUAGAAGACAAAUAGUGUCAAGGUCUUCCACUUCACAGCUCUACUAUACAUUAUAACUAUGGGGCUGCGGUCCGC